AUGGGUGGUCUAUCAAAGAUCUACGCUUCUGAUCCUCAGAAGGCCUCGAAUGGCCUCAUUUAUGGUAAUGUCGCGGUAAUGUCGGUCUUCACAUUCAUCAUGCCAAUUUGCCUUGGAAACAUUGGCUGGAAAAUGUAUAUGAUCAAUGCGUCAUGGGAUAUCAUUACUUUUGGCCUAAUUGCUUACUACUGGGUUGAGACGAAAGGGAUGACCCUUGGAAAAGGUUGA